AUGGAAGGUGACCAGACUGAGAGCCCUAACCCUACCCUACCCUACCCUGACCUACCCCUACCCUACCCCUACCCCUACCCUACCCAACCCUACCCCUACCCUACCCCUACCCCUACCCUACACCCUGCCUGCCUGCCUACCUGCCCUACCUGUCAGCCUGCCCUGCCCUGCCUACCCGGCCCUGCCCCCUGCCCUACCACCUACCCUGCCUGCCCCUGCCCCUGCCAUGCCUGCCUGCCACCCUUCCACUGGCCUGCCUGCCCUGCUCCCUAUGCCCCUACCCUGCCCUGCUGCCUGCCCUGCCCUGCCUAG